AUGCUUACAGAUGUCAUCGCAUCCAACACUUACUGUCCAGCAAACGGGGAAAUGGAAAGCAAACUAAAGGAAUACUUUCAGGUUAUAAAGAAACCAGACAGACCUCCAUCUCCCAGUGCGUCCGUAGCUACCUUCAGUGGGAAAACCACCCCUCUAUCCACCUUCUACAAGCCUAUGGUCAUCUGUGACAUUGGUGAUGCCCACCACUUUCCUUCAGUGGCACUGAAUCCAGCGUCAGUCUCUAAUGCUACCAAUAUCCUUCAUUCCACUCACCGAGAGAAUGGUCCGGCCUUGGAUCUGGAUCUUUUGAGACAGGUGGAGUCGAAAAGUUAUCAUGUACCCUCCAGAAGGAGUGUUCGCAGCAAAUCCACGAAGCCGCCUUACUCCUACAUUGCACUCAUCACAAUGGCCAUUAUGGACUCAACCUAUCGACGGCUAACUCUCUCUGCAAUUUGUGAGUACAUCAACGGCAAAUUCGAAUACUACCGAGAACGCUUUCCAGCCUGGCAAAAUUCCAUUCGACAUAAUCUCUCCCUAAAUGACUGUUUUGUUAAGGUGCCCCGCGAACCGGGCAACCUGGGCAAGGGCAAUUACUGGACACUGGAUCCCAACUCCUAUGACAUGUUUGAGAAUGGCAGUUUUCUGCGGCGUAAGAAGCGUUUCAAACGCAUCCGGAUACAGGCAGCUUGCCUCUUGCAUCCACUUAUCUCCAGCGAACUCUUUAACCAGGUUAUACUCCAGAUCCAGCACGAGCGGUGGUCAGACCUACUGAAACCACCAGCGAGCAUUCCCUGUAUGGCUACCAUCACAAUGCUUGGGGCCAGGGCUUCCCUCCCUCUCCGUGACUCCGGCCUGCAUGGCUACGGUGGCAACAGAUCCCAAGCCAGAAAAGCGAUCGAUCCAGCAGUGUGA